AUGGCGGACCCCCGUCCAGAUCCUGCCUCCGAGCCCGAGUCGGUGUUCCCGCGGGAGGUCGGGCUCUUCGCCGACUCGUACUCGGAGCGGAGCCGCUUCUCCUUCUGCGGGCACGUGCUGAGCAUCACGCAGACCUUCGGGUCGCGCCUCGGGGUGGCCGCGCGCGUGUGGGAUUCGGCUCUGAGCCUGUGCAACUAUUUCGAAAACCACAAGGUGGAUUUCCGAGGCAAGAAGGUGAUCGAACUGGGCGCGGGGACCGGCAUCGUGGGGAUCCUGGCAGCGCUGCAGGGGAAAGAAACAGGAGCAUUAAAGAUCUCUUCUACAUCCAAAGAACUCAGCCUUUGGUUGGGGUUCUGGGAAGUAAGAAGCCUCAGAUCACCCACUUCUUGCUUCUAG